UAACAUAUCGCAAUGGGAUUUGAGUACAGACGAUCUCGCCAUGAUGGAUAUAACCGAAGUGGGCCCCCGUAGGAUCAUACUUAACUUCAUUGAACAAAACCGAGAGUCAGCUUUAAACCAGGAUGAGAAUAUUGAUGAUAACGGACAACAAAACGAGUCCCUUCAUGAGCCACGAAAAGAAUCAAUUCGACCCGUCCUGGAAAAAUAUGGAAAAUUUCAAAAGACUCUGACCAAACAACUUGACUGCGGAAUAGUUCCAGAUCCCAAGAAGCUGCUUCAGAUGAAUCGCAUUCUUACCGAACAUUUUUUCGGCGACAUGAUGUUCCAUGGAAAAAGAUAUCCCACGUGGCAAGAAAAGCAACAAUUGGCUGUACAAAUCUUGGAAGAAUUUCCCCAUUUGGAGCAGACUCGUGUUUCGGAAAAUGCACCUGUUGAGUCGUACUUUUUUUGGGUUCAUGGUGGAUUGAACACAGGAUGCCACACAGGUUUGAUCGAAACAAGAGUAGCAAACAUGCGCAAAGACGUUUCACCCGAGGAUCGUAAGUUUCGUCGAGCAAAGAUAAAGAGCAUUGUUGUCACCGAGGAUCAAGUUAGUACCGCUGCGCAUAUUUCUGCGCUAAAUCCAACUCCCGGAAAUGCCAAGAUUAUUGCUGAUGGUAUGGCACAGGCUCACGACUUACAUGAAUCGCUCUUACAAAAAAAGGACGAAAAUCGACUCCACAGCAUCAUCGACACGUUUCCGCACUUCCUCUCCUUUGAGGGUGAGAUGAUCAUUCAGGCUUUUGAUCGGCUUCACGAACAUCCGAAUAAUGGACCGUCUUUGAGCGCGCUUCUUCGUUUAGGGCUAUUAUGUGACAAAACUAGCUGGUCGCAAGUCGAAGAUGGUAAGAAAUACUAA